AUGGCUACCAUGGAGAAGAUCUUCGCCGCCUACCAGGAGCGUCAAACCGCUCUUGCGGCCAACACCCACCCCUUCGCCAAGGGUGUCGCUUGGGUUGAGGGCGAACUUACUCCCCUCCACGAGGCCCGCAUCCCCAUCCUCGACCAAGGCUUCAUGCACAGCGACUUGACAUACGAUGUUCCCUCCGUCUGGGAUGGACGUUUCUUCCGUCUCGAUGACCACAUCGCCCGUCUGGACGCCAGCUGCACUAAGAUCCGCAUGCAGCUCCCCCUCCCUCGCGAGGAGAUCAAGAAGAUCCUGGUUGACAUGGUCGCACAGAGUGGCAUCCGUGACGCCUUCGUCGAGAUCAUCGUCACCCGUGGCCUGAAGGGUGUCCGUGGUGCUCGCCCCGGUGAUAUCGUCAACCGCAUCUAUAUGUUCAUUCAGCCCUAUGUCUGGUGCAUGGAGCCCGAGGUUCAGCCCACCGGUGGCAGUGCCAUUAUCGCACGCACUGUCCGUCGCGUUCCUCCUGGCUGUAUCGACCCCACUGUCAAGAACCUCCAAUGGGGUGAUCUUGUUCGCGGUCUUUUCGAGGCUUCGGAUCGUGGCGCCGAAUACCCCUUCCUUACCGAUGGUGAUACCAACCUCACUGAGGGUUCCGGAUUCAACAUCGUUCUGAUCAAGGACAAUGUUCUGUACACUCCCGCUCGUGGUGUGCUUGAGGGUGUUACCCGCAAGAGUGUGAUUGAUGUUGCUCGCGCCAGCGGCCUUGAGAUUAAGGUUGAGUUGGUUCCUGUGCAGAAGGCUUAUGAUGCGGAUGAGAUCUUCAUGUGUACCACUGCUGGUGGUAUCAUGCCCAUUACCACCCUUGAUGGAAACCCCGUGAAGGAUGGAAAGGUUGGACCUGUUACCAAGAAGAUCUGGGAUGGAUACUGGGCUAUCCACUAUGAUGAUGCCUACAGCUUCGCGAUUACCUACUAG